UCCUCUCUCUCAGCACAAGCCACUAAACUCCACAGCGCGGAGCUGCAGCCGCUGAAAUGGGACUAAGGGAUGAGCUUCUGAAGUCGAUAUGGCAUGCCUUCACAGCGCUGGACGUGGACAAAAGCGGAAAAGUGUCGAAAUCUCAGCUAAAGGUGCUUUCCCACAACCUGUGUACUGUGAUGAAGAUCCCUCAUGAUCCAGUGGCUCUGGAGGAGCACUUUAAAGAUGAUGACGAAGGUCCGGUCUCCACUCAGGGCUACAUGCCCUAUCUGAACAGAUUCAUCCUGGACAAGGUCCAGGACAACUUUGAUCGAGUGGACUUUAACAGAAUGUGCUGGACUCUGUGCGCCAGAAAAAACCUCAACAGAAACCAUCUUCUCAUUUCUGACGAAGAUGCAUUUAAGAUAUGGUGCAUUUUCAACUUCCUGUCAGAGGACCGGUACCCCUUGGUCAUCGUUGCAGAGGAGAUUGAGUAUUUCCUGCGUAAACUGACAGAAGCGAUGGGUGGGAGCUGGAUUGAGGAGAAGUUUGAGGACUACAAGACGCAGCUGGGCAGUAAACAGCAGUGCCUGACUGCAUGGGAGCUGAUUGAGCUGGUGGGCAUGGGCCACUUCAGCAAAGGCAUGGACCGUCAGACCCUCUCAAUGGGCAUCAACGAGGUCUUCCAGGAGCUCAUUUUGGAUGUGCUCAAGCAGGGUUAUAUGAUGAAAAAAGGCCAUAAACGAAAGAACUGGACUGAACGGUGGUUUCUGCUCCGGCCCAGUUCCAUCUCAUACUAUGUGAGCGAAGACCUGACAGAGAAGAAGGGAGAUAUAAUGCUGGAUGGGAACUGCUGUGUUGAGUCAUUACCAGAUAAGGAGGGGAAAAAAUGUCUUUUCUAUGUGAAGUGCUCGGAUAAGAGUUUUGAGAUCAGUGCCUCGGAUAAGAAGAAGAAACAGGAAUGGAUUCAAGCCAUUCAGACGUGUAUAUCUCUGCUGAAGGUGGGGCGGCCGGCUCCCCACCGUGAGGCGAGGCACAAGCGGCGCGAGCUGCGACAGAAGCAACAGGCUGAGCAGGAGCAGCUGGAACUCAGGAUGAGAGAACUGCAGACAGCCAAUGAGAACAAACAGAGAGAGCUGGAGGCCAUGAGGAAGAAACUGGAGGAGGCAGCAACUAACGCAGCUGAUGAGGAACGCAGGCGUCUGCAGACCCAGAACGAACUGGAAGGUCUAUACAGAGCUGAAAUGGAAAAAGAGAAAAUGGUGAGGCUUCAGAUGGAGGAGAAGGUAGCACAGAAGUCCAGUGAGCUGGAGCAGUAUCUUCAGCGUGUGAGGGAGUUGGAGGAUAUGUACCAUCGCCUGGAGGAGGCGCUAGAGGAAGAGAGGGAGGCCAGACAGGAUGAAGAAACCGUGCGCAAACUCCAGGCCAGGCUGCUGGAGGAGGAGGCAGAGAAGCGUACCGAACUGGAGCAGAUCCACUUGCGGCAGCAGCAGGCCAUAUCACAGACGCAAGCUGAGAAGGAGGAGCUGGAGCGAGAGCGACUGGCCAAGGAGGACGCCCUGCAGGCCGCCAUGCAGCAGCUGCAACAGCUGGAGUUUGAGAGGCAGGGGGCGCUAGAACAGUAUGAGGAAGUAAUGAAGAAACUAGAGGAUGCUGCCAAUAAUACAAAGAGCUGGAAGGAUAAAGUCGCCCAACAUGAAGGACUCAUACGUCUAAUCCAGCCUGGCUCAAAGGGGCCACAGAAGAUCACUAACUGGGGCCCUGCGGCCUUCACCGAGGCUGAGCUGAGCCUGAGACAGAAAGACUGGCAGGAGAGGAAAAACAGGCCCACUCAGACCCAGUGAGACUCCACCUGUUUUCUCUCAGUCCCAGUGCAACGCUUGAUCCAACAUUUCUGUAAAUAUAACCACUACUGAAGUGGAAACACUGCCCACGUGGGCUCUGUGCCUGAUUCCGCUCGAAGGGACCUGUUAGACGGCGUGUGUGACUGUAUAGUAGAGUCUAAUCUCUAGCUAUCUGUUCUCAUUCCAGUCAUACUGUAACAUUUCAGGGCAUUAUGCCACUUUUGUGGCUGCUUUGAAGGGAUUUUAUACAUUUGAUUUUUUUUAAAGUGCCACACUAUAUAUGAGGAUGUUGAUUUAGAUGUAUUUUCUGCCAAAGGGAUGACAGAUUUUCCACAAAAAUCACUAAUUUAAAGUAACUGUCAAAGAUAUUUUUUUCAGUUUAAAUUCCAUCAACCAAGUACUGUCAAAUAAAGUAUUUAAAAGAAAAAAAAGUCUAACCUUUAACCUUUUUGAAGCCUUUAAUUUAGUGUAGAAAACUGUUAAACCUGUAACUUAUAGAGAGUAGAAUCUGGGCAUCAGACAGAGUAAGAUUAAUUUAAAAUUAGCAUUAAUAAAGUAUUACACAUAAUGUAAGAAGAAUGAGAGGAUGUUUGAACAUACAGUGUAGGAAUAGUUUUUUUUGUACUUUGUGUAAAAUAACACUUUUUAUUUUCGAAUGGAUUAAUAAGAAACAAAACAGUGGAGGUCAGAGCUGUUAAUGGAGGCAUGACUGCAGUAUUAAAUGUUACAGUAUCAGAGUGGUGUCAUUAACCAGGAUGUUUUCUCAGAUGUUGUGGUGUUUCAACCACAAACAAUAUGGUGUCUGUUUGCAUCAAACUAACAGCAUAAUGUCCAGACUUCAGGUCAUUUGUUUUAUGAAGAUUCAAUAAAACUACAGAUCAAUCGA